AUGGAAAAUCUAACAACUCCUGGAAAGAUUGCAAGAAAAAGAGAUCGCGCAUGUCUGGCAGAGGUUUCACCUGAUGUGUUGUUUACAACCAGCGGUGCAUGGGUCAGUUGGUCCAGGGAAGGUUGUGCAAGUGAUGCUUGGAUGGCAACAGACGGUCAGAGUUUAAAAUUUAAACAGAAUUUUACUGCAGUUAAAGAAGCAGCUGGGAUCUUUGUGUGCGUCACAGACAAUAACAUAGUGAAACUUCUCAUUGUUAAAGACAAAGAUUUGGAGAUGGUCAUAACUCCAGAGACUUUAAUGGAUGGGCAGAACAUGACAAUCGACAUUUCUGGCAGCUAUUACAUGGGCAGUUCACAAGCCUCUCCAAACACAAUUACGAUAUUCAAUGGAGAGGAUCCAAUUGGUUCCUUCAAAGCUGAUUUCAAGAGUGAUUCAAAAUUAACUUCAUUUUAUAUUAGUACAACUCUUCAAGCUGAUUACAGAGCUACAAACAACUUCAAGUACGUGUGGUCUUUUAAGAAAAAUUCAGAUCUAGCAUUAUAUGAAGCAAGUUUCAAUUACACCAAACCAGUUAAAGUUUACAAGCCUGUUUCAGAUGUUAAAUUCAACAGCACUCAUACAUGCGUCGAUCGUUCGAUAACUUGCAACGGGGUUGGAGUGCCACCGCCAACAUAUAGCAUCUCAUGCAUUCCACAAGAUGAUGAUGGAAGUAGUAGCAGCAGCAACAGUCCUGUCACAUCAGAUACUAAUGUUUUGACUUUAACCGUGAGUGCUAACUUCACAAUCAUAAAUGACAUCAAUCAGGCAUUUUUAUUUAACAGGCGACCAGAUCCCAAAACCCUAUGGCAUUUUUAUUUAAUAGGCACUGAGACCACUGUAUUUGAAGAAGAUUACCACCGUGCUGACUUCAACUCAACUUAUUCCAUUUGUGACGACUACUAUGAUAGCAGUGAUAAUAAUACAUAUGCUACUGGUACUAAGAGUAAGGCUUUUUAUUUAAUAGACUACAGUGAGACCACUAAACCUAAAGAUGCAGAGAGAUCUGUAAAGAUUGGCAUUGGAGUUUGCGCCAGCCUCGUCCCGUUGUUGCUCACCAUUACUUAA